AUGUCCCCCGCGGCCCCUUCGCUUUGUUACACGAGGCUAGCCUUUGAGACCCCCAAUGAAGAGACGAUUUUCUUCACCCAGACUUCGUGCAGGGCAUCUCUUUCGCCACGAGAGGCGUGUGCGGUGGAGAGCGCGGCUGUCCACCACCUGCGCCGCCCCGUCCUGGUCCUACUCACCUCUCCCUAUCUCGACCACGCCCACCCGAUGAUGGAGGUGCUGACUCGCCUCCCGGGGGUCAGGAUGGCGUGGCUAGACCUGGAUGCUGUGUUCAGAAGGUCACCGCUCUCCGCCUGGCAUGCCGAUCGCCUCUGGAUGCUGAAUAAAGAACGCGCUUCCGCCUUCAUCAGUGACACAGUUCGGUCCGAGGUCCUCAGGGUCCAUGGGGGGACUUACGUGGACCUGGACGCCAUCACCCUGCGCCCUUUGCCCUCCCACACGCCCCCGCGGCCCUGGCUGGCACGCGUUGACCCCGACCUUGUCACGAUCGCUGUCUCUGCCUUCCCCAAGAGACAUCCGUUAAUGGAGGUGAGUAAGCGUGGCUGUCAGUGUAUUCUCGAAGCAUGGGUGAGGAUAACUACUACUUCUUCUGCUACUACUACUACUUCUACUACUACUACUACUACUACUACUACUCUUACUACAGCGGGUGGUGGCGGAUAUCCCUUCUGCCUUCGACGACUCCAAAUGCUGCACAAUCGGUCCGGAGCUUGUCACGAGACACCUCCGUCAGCUGUGUGCCAACCAGGUGAGAGAGAGAGAGAGAGAGAGAGAGAGAGAGAGAGAGAGAGAGAGAGAGAGAGAGAGAGAGAGAUCCCCUACUCCCUUUCAUUUCCACACAGAAAGAAGAGAAGAGAGGAAGACCAGGGAAGGCGAAGAGACCCAAGAGAGCAACGAAGGACAAGACGGAGGAGGAGGAGGCGGAGGAGUUGGAGGCGGAGCACUGCGGCGACCUGACCGUCUACCCUCCCUCACUCUUCUACCCGCUGCACUUCAGGUACGAGGACCUGACGCGGCUGGCGCUGGAGGAGCCGGGCUACGGGGCGGCCUUCCUCAACGCCUCCCGCGCCUACUCCCUCCAUCUCUUCAACUCCCUCUCCCG